UUUCAGUGUGACCUCUACUGCAGUUGAAAAUACUUGAGGGGGGAGGUUGAAUCCAUUGAUUUUUCUAACGAUGUAGCCUGAAUUUGUAGAGAUAGAGAGAUACAUUUUGUUUUGGUAGGAGACUGUUCAUUUCUGUGCACAGCCAUCGCAAGAAGGGCUUAUGUGCUCCUUGCUACUUGAUUUCGGAGUAGGGGCGCUGUGUGUUGCUGGGGUAGAGUCCGCUUUAGCAGCACUUCAACAUGGCUUUGUUUGGUGUGCAGCUGGUGGUUACCAUGGUAAUGGCCAGUGUAAUUCAGAAAAUUUUACCUCAUUAUUCCUUCGCAAGAUGGCUCCUGUGCAGUGGCAGUUUGCGGUGGUAUCAGCACCCCACGGAAGAUGAGUUGAGGAACUUGGCUGGGAAACAAAAGGGACAGAAGAGGAAAGACAGGAAGUACAAUGGUCACAUAGACAAUAAACCGCUAACCGUUCCAAAGGACAUAGACCUGCAGCUGGAGACAAAAUGCAUCACAGAAGUCGACACAUUAGCAUUGUACUACUUCCCUGAGUUCCAGUGGCUGGUGGAUUUCACUGUAGCAGCUACUGCAGUGUAUCUGAUCACAGAGCUUUACUACAGCGUAGCCCAGCCCUCAGGAGAGAUGAACAUCAGUGUGGUCUGGUGCCUACUUGUACUCGCCUUUGUCAUUAAAAUCCUUUUUUCCCUCACGGCCCACUACUUCAAGCUGGAGGAAGGAGGCGAGCGAUCCCUCUGCAUUACAUUUGCUUUCUUUUUUUUUGUCAAAGCUAUGAUCAUUCUCAUUGUUACUGAAAACUACCUGGAAUUUGGUCUGGAGACAGGUUUUGCAAACUUUUCUGACAGUGCUCAACAGUUUCUGGAGCAUCAGGGCUUAGAGUCACAGGGCCCCAUAUCUAAGCUCACCUUCAAGCUGAUCCUGGCCCUGCUCUGCUCUCUGAUUGGAGCAUUUCUAACGUUCCCUGGCCUACGUUUGGCCCAAAUGCACCUAGAUGCACUUAACCUAACCACAGCAAAAUUUACACAAACUUUGCUUUAUAUCAACUUCCUCUCCCCCCUCAUCAUGGUCCUGCUGUGGGUAAAGCCCAUUACCAAGGACUACUUAUUGAAUCCCACUCUUGGGAAAGAGAGUGUGCCUUUGAUGAGCGAGCAGACGUAUGAUUCGUUGCGGUUAUGGGUUAUUAUACUGAUGUGUGUGCUCCGGCUCGCCAUGAUGAGACAUCACCUGCAGGCCUACCUCAACCUGGCACAGAAAGGUGUGGACCAGAUGAAGAAGGAAGCAGGACGGAUAAGUACGGUUGACCUGCAGAAGAUGAUUGCACGUGUUUUUUACUACUUGUGCGUAAUCGCACUACAGUAUGUGGCACCACUGGUGAUGCUGCUACAUACAACUUUGCUGCUAAAAACUUUAGGUGGUCACUCCUGGUGGGUCUAUCCUGAAGAAGACUUGCCUUGCCUCCAUGAGAUAAACUCUGAUUCUGUUAUCGGAACAGAACAAAUAGCACCUCUAAAACCAGAUACAGUGGUGGAAACCGGAGCCCGGGCAUCUGUGGCCCAACUCUCAAUGGCUCUUGGGGGCUUACGGACUGUUUUUAGCCCGUUACUUUUCAGGGGUCUGUUCUCCUUCUUCACCUGGUGGAUUGCUGCCUGCCUGUUCUCCACCUCUCUUUUUGGCCUCUUCUACCAUCAGUAUCUCAUGGCGGCAUAGCAUCAGCAGCAGUCCCCAAAUGUGGCAUUUAAACCCCUACUUUUCUGGACAUGGUCAGAAAAGGACCUAUUGGGGGGGCUACAGAGGCCCACUCGUGACUCUGCUCCACAACUCUUCCUCCGUCACCUCCAUGUCUCUGACCAUCUCAGAACAACUGAUCAUAUCAUCAGAGCUCUUGGUUUUGCUCCCAGUGCUUCCUCCACAGAUGACUGUGAACUCUUAUUUGAUUUAACUUGCAUAGAAGUGAUGUUUUUUUUUUUUUAUUAUUCAAUCGAGCAGCAAAAGCUCUAAGUCUUUACGAGGCUCACCAUUAAACACAGAGGUAAAUAAAUCAGUGUCAUCGGCAAAGUGACAUAAAAACUCUACAGACAGAUUUAUGAAUUUUACACAAUAAAAUAAUCAGAGAUUCAGAUUGUCAUUAGUAAAUUGAAAAAUGGCUUUCAUGCAAUUUUGCUUUUCUGCAUAGAAACGGGUGACUAAAGCCAUUUAGUGACUGCGGGCUACAUACCGUUAUUCGGUAAUCUCAAACAUUCUCAGAUAUCUUUAACUAUAAAUAAAAACAUAAUGCAGCUCCUUUAAUGCUUUCCAACAAGUCAAUUAGAGUACGAAUUUUAAAAUGUUACCAUUUUCUUUAAAUUGUCUCUGAUUUCAAUGAUCGCCAGGUCAUUCUUUUUAUCGUAGCACAUUUUAUCGAUUUUACUGGUAUGAAAGUAAAAUUACUACAAUUUUACUGAUUUAGCUUGAAAUUUUGAAUAAAACGCAUAAUCUAUUUAAAAUCUGAAACCUGAGGCUACCCCUCUACCAAGAAAUUAAAACAUAUUGAUUAGAGUAAUUACAAAAUUAUUACCUAUCAUUUGUCUUCAAUGCUAUUUUGAUGUGUAAAUUAACUGAAAAGUAUAAUAUAAACAGCCGCUAAAUGUAUCAGUUAUCAAAUGCUAAAUGAAAGAAUAUUAUCUAUUUUGACACUCGGCUUUUCACGAAUAACAAUGGGAGUCAAAUCUUUUGAACAGUCAAAUAUAUUUGACAUUAGCUGACUGUUUCGAAGCUAUCUGUUUAGGUCUUAGUGGACUGGCCAACAGAACUACCACUUGUAUGAAAUAAACAAUAAUGUUUAGAGAAAAGUGUUAAUUAAAAAGAUAGGCGAGUGGUCCUCUUUUAGUUUCCACUCACUGUAAUUUUUGUCUAGAGUUGAAUUUGGAAAUAUUGUUGUCGAAGGAAAUGUGAAUCACCCACAGAAAUACCCGUUGGUGGAUUGUGAAGAAGCUACAUUUAAAUCACAGAAUAUCUGGAUCAUUCUAAUCAGACUGUUUUCUUUUUCCUUAUCAUUUUUGUGUUUUGUGUUUGUUUGGAAACUGAUUUCUACCAUGAUUUGUUCACUUUUUGGUUGCGUCUUGCUCUGGUACAGGUCAUUUCUCCUCUUCACCGGUUCUUAUUUUUGUAGGUUUGGUCUCUUUGUUCCCAAUCUGUUUUGGAUAAUAAAAUUGGUUGUCUACCUCGG